AUGCAAAUUCCACCGCCUCCUCCGCCUCCCAAACGUUUUUACCCUCGAAAUCCCAACUUUAUUACAGGAAAACCAGCCAUAGCGCGCGAGGUCCAGGGACCUCAGCACACCCCUUCGCCGGGGGUGGUGCGUCACCCCCACGCGCCGCCGUGUCCGCUCUUGAAGCAGCACUCAUGGUCCCCUGAUCUCAUCCGCGACGAGGCCUGGUCUAAGCGGCGCGACUCCUUCCGCCACCGCCGCCACGGCAAGAGCCUCACCGACGACGACCUCGACGACCUCAACGCCUGCAUCGAGCUCGGGUUCGGAUUCGGAUCGCCUGAAGUAUCGGACCCGCGAUUGUCCCACACGCUCCCCGCCCUUCCCCUCUACUUCGCCGUCCAGCGAAGCUACAACGACGCCGUUUCCAACAAGUCCACUGCCUCGUCGUCUUCCCUCCCUGACUGCGAGAGCCCCUCGGCUUCACCUCUCCACAGCCCCCACACCAUCUUCGAACCCAGCGAUAAUCCGCAGACGGUGAAGACGAGGCUGAGACAGUGGGCGAGGGUGGUGGCGUGCACCGUUAAGCAAUCUUCCCCGAGAUGAAAUUGACGGCGUUAAAACUCUGUACCGUUAUCCAUGGCGGGGAUAAGAAUGAUCCUGGCCAGGGAUAGGCUUGUAAAAGACGACAAAACAAACAGUCCUGAAUUCGAUCAACUUUGUAAGAUAAAACCUUGUUUUGUUUUGGACCAGAAUUGCGAAUGUGAACAGAACACAAAGAGUUGAUUGGGUUUGAGUUUGUUGAUAUACAAAUCUAACGUGCGGAGCAUAUUCUGAUAA